AUUUGGAUCCUGUGGUAUGAAGUUCUAACUUUUUAACCAAGUGAAUAUCAUCUCCUGUACAGAUUGACAUCUACCAUUAAUGCCAACACUUAGUGCGUAACGCUGAAUAAGCCAACUGAUGAGUUUAGGUUUCUAACUUUAUAUUUUAUCCUUCCACCCCUGCUUGUUCAGCUUCUUCCUUCCUGUUAUUCUUUUCUACGAGGUGUUCAUUUAGUCCAAAAAUUCUUGCUUGGUUGACAGCACAAAACUUUUACAGAAAACAGUUUUGUUUCUGUCAAAGAUUAGACCUGAAGGCUUGAAGUUCAGUUUUGACCUCUAAAUGUCAAUUAAGUUAAACAGUAAUAUUUUGUGUAUUUUUAAGUCUUAGUUUUGAGCCUUACUCAGCCUGAAAACAAGCUCUGCCUAUAUAUUUAUGCAGGGUAGGAAAGAACUAUUCUUUGUGAAAUAAAAACACAGGAAAACAAAUAGGUUUGCAGCACAUCUUACUCCGUGUGUACUCAGAUGUGCUCUAGUAGCUUCUAAAUGAACCUUGCCCAAUGCUAAGAUGAUAAAUCAGAUAAAUGAGUCAAAGAAAAAUAAACUUGAAAUCCCUCAAUCUAGUGUUCGGGCACACAAAAUGCCAGCGCAUUGGUGUCAAAGGGAGGGAAUUUUUUAAUUCUCCCAAAUCCAAAUAACAGUGUGGGCCAUGUGCUGUGUUAGAAGAGUAAUGUAAAGUGGGCAAAACUACCUCCCAAACUUCCUGUACCAAAAGAUCAAUGCCAGCUCUCUGAAUUCUCCAUGUGCACAGCAUCAGCACAGUCAUCAGGCUUUGAGGUGAACACUACGCAAGGUGCUGGAGACUGAAGGUUGCAAACUUAGAGCUCCUAGUUGGAGGGUCUGGAAGCUCUUUAACUCAUCCAGUGUGACUCUUUCCCCAGUACUUGCCAACCUAGUUCUGAAUCAGGGCAAAACAGAUAAUUUGUCAUUUAGAAAAUCAUGAAAACCAGCUUUAGGAUCACACUUCUUAUAUUUAUUUAUUUUUUAAUCCUGAAAGCAGCUGUGCUGUUUGAAGGGUUGGCACUUCCCCUGAAAACAUGCCAGAUGGAUUUCCAGAGCUGGCUUGCCUUCCCAGUGGGGUUAUUGCUGUGCUGUGCUCUUCAGACAUCUGCUGGUCAGCAUCCCACAUCUCACAACUGCACCAGUGAUGCUCAAAGAAUAUACUUCAGCCACUCCUGUAAGAUUGACCUACCCACGUCCUCCCAGAUUAAGGUGGAAGCAGAUCCAUUACAGCAUAAUGAAGACAGCAGUGGGGUGCAGCUGGGUCCUGGAGAGCCUAUUAUUCACAACAGGUGGGAGCUGAGAGCCAGAAAACUCCAGAGUUGGAAUGUUACCAUGGUCCUGUCUGCACUCAAUGCCAUCUGGGUGACGGAGGAGAUGGAGCACUCACUGGAAGUGGAGUGGGAGAACCCACCAACAGAUGUGGAUUAUUACAAGCUAAAAUUCAGAUCCCUAGUGGAGAUGGAUGAGAAGCAGGUCAUGGUGCCCAAAAGCAAUGACCCUAAGAGUAGAUACAUCCUGACUGGCCUGAAGCCUGGCACAGAGUACGAGGUCACUGUCAUACCUGUGAAAGACAACACAGAAGGGACACCAUCCUCGGUGACUGUGGGGACUGGAGUUGAUGACCCAACCAAUGUGACAACCGACCAAGUGAGAGAGGAUACUGCCACUGUCACGUGGAAUAAAGUGGAGGCUCCUAUAGACAGGUACAUGGUGAGAUACACCUCAGCUGAUGGGGACACCAAGGACAUAGAGGUGGGGAGUGACAACAACAUGAUCACCUUACUGGAUCUGAAGCCAGGCAUGGAAUAUGUCAUCCACAUCUGGGCACAGAAGGGACCCCAGAGGAGCAAGAAGGCAAGCACCAGGACUGUGACAGAAAUCGACAACCCAACUGAACUGUUGUCUGACCAAGUGACAGAGGAUGCAAUUACUGUUUCCUGGAACAAAGUCCAGGCUUCAAUAGACAGAUACAGACUGAGCUACACCUCAGCUAAUGGGGACACAGAGGAGAGAGAGGUGGAGAAAGACAAGAACGUCACUACCUUGGCAGGACUGGAGCCAGGCACAGAGUACAUCAUUUACAUCUGGGCAGAGAAGGGAGAACAGCAGAGCAAGAGGGUCAGCACUGAGGCUGUGACAGGUAAGUGGACAGUAGGUUUUGUUGAGUGUAAGCUCAGAGAUCAGAGAUCAGAUGCCAUUAGGCUUAGUCCAUCCUGGACAUGUAGUUUACCACCACGCUGUGAUCUCCUCUCUGCUUUUUUAGGGAUUGAUCCUCCCAAGAACCUCCAUGUGUCAGAGGUGACUCAUUCUACUGGUGUGGUUACCUGGGCUCCUCCUGCAGCACAGAUUGAUGGCUACUCCCUGACCUACCAGGGUCCGGAUGGCACGAGUGAGGAAGCACAGCUGGGUCCCAGUGAACAACAGUUUGUGUUGGAAGGCCUGGAACAAGGAGUGAGGUACGCUGUCUUUGUGAAGGCCCACGAGGGAGGUCACCAGAGCAGAAGGACAGUCAGUACCUUCUCAGCAGUGAGCCUCCUGUACCCGUAUCCCAUGGACUGCAGCCAGGUGCAGCAGAAUGGAAAUGGCUCCAGCGGCGUGUACACCAUUGACCUGACUGGGGAUGGCAGCAGGCCACUGCAGGUGUACUGUGACACAGCCACUGAUGGAGGAAGGUGGCUGGUGUUUCAGAAGCGGAGCUCUGGUGAGUUGGAUUUCUAGUAAUGCUGGAAAAAUUAUAUGGAAGGCUUUGGAGAUCCCACUGAGGAAUUUUGGCCUGGUCUUGACAGGCUGCACAACCUCACGAGCAGCAGCCCCGUCCGCUACGAGCUCCAUGUGGAUUUGCAGACAGCCAGCAAAUCCCUCUAUGCUGUCUAUGACUCCUUCCAGGUUGCCUCAAGCAGGGAGAGAUACAGGCUGUCAGUGGGGAAUUACAGAGGCAGUGCUGCAUGGGACCUCCUUCCUCAGGGUGUGAACUGGGAGCCAUGGAAAGGCCAUGAAUUCUCCAUUCCUUUUACGGAGAUGAAGAUCUGUCCUCAGUCAUCCAGUAAGGAGGCAGUCCUGGGGAGGAAGAAGAGGUCUUUGUUAAGAAAUAUUCAAUUGUUAUCUUUGUCAGGGAAGAGGGAGAAGAUCAAGGCUUAA